UCAUUUAAUACAGGGCUCCUUAAAUGCUUAAACCCUAAUUCUUCAAUCAUUCAGAUUUGGGGGUGGCUUAAACCCUAUCUCGGUUCAUAUCACCUGAAAUCAUUUGCAGAUUCCCAAUCCACCCCUCUCAUCAGCACGUCCGAAAAUUUGCAGAGGAGAUUGCUGUUAGCUCCGGUUCAAGCUAUUAGGCUGGUCCCACUCGGCAAUAUCAGAUUCUCAACUCAUUCGUGCCGGGAGAGGUUGAGUUCAGGCAUGGGGCAGGAUGGUGGUGAUGGUAAGGGGAGCGGAAGAGGUCGAGUUAGGAAGAGAAGAAGAGAGGUUGCAUUUGAUAAAGAUUCUGACUUCAGCGGCAGACGAGGUGGUGGAGGGCGCUCUGGUGGUAGGGGUGGUGGGAGAGGUGAUUCGGGUAGAUUUAUCAGGGGUGGCGGUGGUUCGUUUAGGGGGAGAGGUGGGGGGCGUGUUUCGCGUGGUAGUAGUACGUAUGUUGGGAGCGGCGAGGGGCGUGAAACUAGUAAAUUUAGUAGGGGUGGUGGUAGUUCGUAUGGUGGCAGAGGUGGGGGAGAGUGGAAAGAGAAGGGACAGAGUGGGAGAGGUUCAGGAAUGACAUACGGAAAUAGAGGGGGAAGAAGUGGUGAUCAGGGUAAUUCGGUGAAGAAAGGAGCAGGGAGAAGGAUGGAAAGACAAGGGUUUGUUGUUACAGAUGAUGAGGCUGUGGAGGAGGAAAGUGAUAAGGGGUAUACAAAUUUUAAGGAAUUAAUUGAUAACGACGAAGCAGAUGAUGAUGAAGAUGAGGAGGUGGAGGGCGAAGAAGUGGAAGUGGUAAGAGCCGAACUCGAGAAAGGAAGCAUUCAUAAAAGCUCACUCCAAAGUAGUGAUUCACACCUUAGUGAAAGCAGGUUCGAUAAAUGUCCCAUAUCACCCUUAUCACUUAAAGCAAUCAAAGAUGCUGGUUAUGAAAGGAUGACUCUGGUGCAAGAGGCAACUCUUCCUAUCAUUCUUAAAGGUAAGGACGUCCUGGCCAAGGCAAGAACUGGCACAGGGAAAACUGUAGCUUUUUUGCUCCCUGCAAUUGAAAUCAUAGCAAAAUUACCUCCUUCUGAUCGUGAUAAAAAAAGAUCCCCCAUAUACGUGCUUGUUAUAUGCCCAACCAGAGAACUUGCUACUCAGGCUGCUGCUGAGGCCAACAAAUUGUUGAAGUAUCAUUCUUCUAUUGGUGUUCAAGUUGUCAUUGGAGGUACCCGCUUAGGUAUGGAGCAAAAAAAGAUGCAAGUCAAUGCAUGCCAGAUACUCGUGGCAACACCUGGAAGGCUAAGGGAUCAUGUAGAGAAUACAGCCGGAUUCGCAACUCGACUGAUGGGAGUUAAAGUCUUGGUCCUUGACGAAGCCGAUCUUUUAUUAGACAUGGGAUUCCGCAAAGAAAUAGAGAAAAUAAUAGCUGCUGUACCAAAACAGCGACAGACACUUCUAUUUUCUGCAACAGUUCCGCAAGCGGUUCGUCAAAUCUGCCAUGUUGCCCUAAAACAGGACCAUGAAAACAUAAACACAGUAGAGGAAGGAAGUGAAGAUACACAUUCACAGGUCAGGCAGACAUACCUGAUUGCUCCUUUGGACAAACACUUUUCGCUUCUUUACACCAUGCUAAAAGGGCAUAUUGCAAAUGAUGUUAACUACAAGGUUAUUGUAUUUUGCACAACUGCAAUGAUGACCAAGCUUGUUGCUGAGCUUCUCAACAAGCUUAACUUGAAUGUCAGGGAGAUACAUUCUCGAAAACCUCAAAGUUACAGGACAAAAGUCUCGGAUGAGUUUAGGAAGUCAACUGGUCUUAUUCUCGUAACAUCUGAUGUGUCUGCACGUGGUGUUGAUUAUCCUGACGUGACCCUUGUUAUACAGAUUGGUAUUCCAGCGGAUAAACAGCAGUAUAUCCACAGAUUGGGUCGAACUGGCCGAAAAGGAAAAGAAGGGGAAGGUGUGUUGGUGUUGGCACCUUGGGAAGAGUUCUUCUUGAACACUAUCAAAGACUUACCUAUAUCAAAGGCAACUGAACCAUUGGUAGAUUCAGAUGCUACGAAAAGGGUCGAACGCGCUGUAUCCCAGGUCGUGAUAAAGAGCAAAGAAUCAGCAUACCAGGCAUGGCUCGGGUACUACAACUCAAACAAAAGUAUUGGUCGAAACAAAUCUAGACUCGUGGAGCUCGCAAACGAGUUUAGUCGAAGCAUGUGUCUCGACACCCCUCCGGCCAUUCCAAAGCAAGUCCUCGGAAAGAUGGGUCUGAAGAACAUACCUGGAUUAAGGUCCAAGUAGAUAAUGAGCAAUGAAUUCUCAUUUUACAUUAUAAGUUUUAUUAGUAGAAUUUUAAGGAGACCGGCCACCUACAACCUCAAUUUUUGUGUCAUAACUUGUGAGUUAUAUUGGUAACAAUUAUAGGAUGUCAUAAAAUGUAAUUUUGAUCUCAUUAGGAAAUUUCUAGUCCAUUUCUUUGUAGAGAAACAUUUCGAAUGCUUAUUCUUUCGAGGAAAUAUACAGAAAUAUUUGAUCAAA